AACAUUUAUGGCCGCUUGAUUUCUUUUCUUGUUUAUUUGACGUUCUUGCGUAUUCUGUUGAACAGGAGGGGAUAUCUACUGAAAAUAAUUGCGUUAAUCGUCGGCAAACAUUUGCUGCAUUAAACUGUGAAUUAAAAUUAUCAAUCUGGAAGUGUUACAAGUAACCCGUGAGGACGCCAGUAUGACGUCCGUAGUUAGAAGACGGGAACAGGACGAUUCCGGCGAAUUUUCGGACGCAUCUCAGGAUAAUGAUCGCAGCAACUCGGCAAACGACGGGGUGGCGAUUGAAUCCGAUUAUGAUUCAGCCGCGAGUGAAUCGGAAAAUUCUGAACGAGAUCCCGAGACUCAGGAAACUGAGAGAAGAGUUGAUGAUGAUGAAGACAGGAGCAAUCCUCAGUACAUUCCUAAGAGAGGGACAUUUUAUGAACAUGAUGAUCGUACUGCUGCCAGUGGUGAGGAAUCGACCAAUACGACGUCUGAAGUGACUUCAGAGAAGAAGGAAGGCUCCGAGGCACCUACAGAGCGUAGGAGACCUCCCCGCAAGUCCGAGUCCGUCAAUAAAUGGUCACAUGAUAAAUAUAAUGAAAAUGAACAGAUGCCAAAAUCCCGUGACGAGUUGGUUGCGAUAUACGGAUAUGAUAUAAGGAACGAAGACGCACCGCCUCAUGCGCGUAGGAACAGGAGAUAUGGUCGUGGACCUAACAAGUACACUCGUACUUGGGAAGACGAGGAGGCGUAUCGUCGUCAGGCCGCACAACAACCCCGAAAGCCUCCCAACCCUGAGGACUUCCCAGAAUUAGAUGCAACGGCCAAGUUCAAUAAAAAGACAAGAGCACCUCGUCCAAGAUCAAAAUCUCAACCGGCAUCGAAUGAAUCAUUGGACAGGAGUCAGUUGAGACGUAACGCGUCAAUAAAGACCAAAACCAAGCCCACUGUCAAACCUGUCAAAGUGAAAAAUGUCAAACCAGUGGGCAAAGACAAGCUGCCUGCGUUGGAAAAUCUUACUAUUACUACGGUUACUAAUAAUACCGAGGGUCCAACGGCGCGUCGUGUGAGCUCUGCUGUCGCUCAACAACGUCCGGUGCCAACUGAACAGGCUAAGAAGAAACCAACUCCUGCACAGCCGCAGCAGCAGAAUAAUGCGGCGGCGAAACCGCAACCGCAACAAGCGCAGCAGAAACCGCAACAACAGAAACCGCAGCAACCUAAACCGCAACAAAAUCAACCGCAACCAACUACAAAUGCAGAAUCAAAAGCGGGCGGUAGCAAGCGGUACAGCAGUAUGCGACAACGACCCCUGGCAGAGACAUACUCCCCGCAACAAACACAAACAACAACGCAACAAACACAACAAAACGUCCAACAACAACCACAACCUACACCGCAACCAACACAACAACAGCAACCGACACAACAAGCAACACAACAAAAUCAACAACAUAGAUAUCAUGCAGAUUACCCAGGUAACGGUCCGAACCCAUCACAGCAUCAGGGCAGCCCCGUACCCCAGAUUCAUCCACAGCAGUUACUGCAUCAACAACCUUUGAAUGUACAUCGUAAUAACGUAAGCCAACCGCAUGGACCUUCGCCCCCACACCAGGCCAUACAACAGCAGCACUCCCAACAGGUGAGACUUGGUAUACUGGAUCAGCCUCCGCAAAUGGUCUCCCAUCCUCACCACACCAUACACAAUAUACCUCCGCAGCAACAUAUAGGACAAAUACCACCAGCGCAAGGUUACGCGCCUCCCGCCAUGAUGCCCGCACAAUAUAUGCAGCAAAGUGGUAGCGGCGCGGUGUUUGGUGGUGCUCCGAUCUACGCGCAGCCUCCCGCCGCGUACCCGCAUCAGAUGUACCAGCAUCAUAAUUAUACGGGUGGAGUGACAUAUUACAAUUGUGCGGAACAAGAGCAGCCUCCGCCUCAGCCUUUACGUGCACAGCGCAGACCUACAGCUGCCAUACCUAUUGUGAAGCCUCACACACCUCACACACCUCAUACAACUCAUACAACUCAUACAACUCAUACAAACAAUGCAAAUACAUCCAAUAAUACUGCGCCAAACGACAGACCGGCUAAUUCAACAGAGAAGGACAAUAUAGACAGGAUUGUUGAGAAUAUGUUCGUAAGAAAGCCCUGGCCUGCGCACGGCUCUGAACAACCUAAAGAAAAAUCACAGGAGAACAGAAGUUCGCAAGAGCCGGCCAGUAAAGAAUCUUCACAACCGAACAGUCUCACAUCUAGUUCUACUUCUGAUAAACCGUCGGAGAGUGUACAGAAGGAGGCAGAAGAUAAGACGGAGAAGAUCGCAGAAGGUGACGUCACGGAGAGUAUAACAACAGACGCCUGACUGGUAAGAAUAAAACUGUAUGAGAUUUAUCAAACUAAAUAUUAUACUCGAAGGUAAUUUUUUUAAAUUGUGAAAG